AUGGAGCAAGAGCUCCUAUCACUCCUGGCUGACACCCAGUCGCCAGCUGCUGAUACAAGAAAGGCCGCUGAGCUCCAGCUUCUACGUCUCUACAGCAAUGAGCAAUUCCCCCUCUCUCUCGCCGCCAUCGCUUCGCACGACUCCGUCCCGACCAACCUUCGUCAGUCCUCUCUCUCGGUCCUGCGUACCUUCAUCGCCGCCGCCUGGUCUCCAAAUCUCGACGAGUUCAAGGGCCAGAUCCUCAUCAACGACGCCCACAAGGCCCAGAUCCGACGUGUUCUGCUGGAUCUGGCCACUACCGCAGAUGUCCAAGAGCGCAAGGUGAAGUCGUCCGCCAGUUUUGCUGUCAGCAAGAUCGCCAGUGCCGAUUUCCCCGAUGAAUGGCCAGAGCUGCUCCCGUCGCUGCUUCAGAUCAUUAACGAUGUCAACAGCAGCGCUGGAGCGCUCCAUGGCGCGUUGAAGGUCCUCUUGGAUCUGGUCGAUACUGGGUUCAGCGAGGAGCAGUUCUUCGGCGUCGCUCGAGACUUGGUUACCACUCUUUUCAACAUCGCGACCAACGAGUCGAGAAAGCCGAUGCUGAGGGCUCUGGCCGUUGCCGUCUUUCGCUCUUGCUUUGAUACCCUUGAGAUGGUCCUGGAGCAGCACAAAGUGGCAGUCAAACAGUUCAUGGAUGAGGUGCUCAGCGGCUGGUCUCCGUUCUUCAUCUCCACUCUGAAGGCCCCAUUACCACAGGCUCCCAUCGAGCAAGAGGAGUCCAAGGAGGGUGAGAUUCCUUCGCAGUGGAGGGGCGCUAUUGGGCUGAAGUUGCAGGUGGUCAAGACGCUCAUGAAGAUUCGUAUGGUAUUCCCGGGCCUUAUGACUGCCCAGAGCCCGGUCUACUUCUCAACUGUCUGGACGGAGCUUUCCAACAUCCAGGCUGCCUACCAUGAAUUCUACAUCCACGACGAAAGACAGGGCCGUUUGGAGGACGUUGAUGGACUCCCUUACACUCUGGAUUUCCUGGUGUUGGAGGAACUGGACUUGAUUCAGGCGCUUCUCAAGGCACCUCCCGUCAAAGCCGAACUCCAACAACAGUUGCAGAACGCAGGUCAGGCUGUCGCAACCGCCAGCUGGCUUCCAGAGAUUCUGAAGUUGGCCAGCUCCUAUGCGCAAAUCACCACUGAAGAAGAAGGUCUGUGGGACAUUGACGUGAACCUUUUCCUCUCAGAGGAGACGUCUGUGACCGCCAACUACACCCCUCGUACCUGCAGUGGAGAUCUGGUUGUCAAAUUGGGCGAGUGGCUCAAGACAACAACUGUAGAGGGUCUUCUUGCCUACAUGAACGUUCUGUUCGCGGAUUCGUCUUCCACAUGGAAAUCACGCGAAUCGGCCUUGUUCAUCCUCAACCAAUUGUUACGCGACUUUAACGAGGUCUCGCAGCAAAUCUCAUCUGAAUUGGCGAACGGUUUCAACAACUUCGUCACCUUCGCAAUUCAGCAGGAGCAGGAGUUCUUGCGGGCUCGUGGCUACCUUGUGGCCGGCAUCUUGGCGCAGGUUGCAGGUGAUGCAUUCCGGCCUACUGCUACAUCCUACUUUGAGGCUACCCUGAAGGCGAUCACCGAAGAUCCCUCCGAAGUGGUCAAGGUCUCAUGCAUCCGGGCCCUUCAGGAUCUCAUGUCUUCCCUUCCUCAGAAUAUCACUAUCCCUCUUCAGGUUCCCGCCAUCAACACCCUGUCGGAAUUCAUCUCCGCCCAGGACCUUCAGGAGCCAUCGGAUAGCGAUGAUCUCAAGGUCACCUUGGCUGAGACAGUUCGCGACGUCAUUAUGGUCGACCCAAGCGUGGUCUUGUCGUCCAUCGCCAUCGAUGUGCUAUUCAAUAUCGCAAGCAACGGAGCUACCAAUUUCCAACUCACAAUGAUCGUUACGGAGGCCUUUGAGGACAUUGUGGAAAAUAUCUCCGAGCAGGGACCCGAUGCUUUUAUCCGCCUUUGUGCAAAGGUGCUUCCUUCGCUCACCGGCGCGAUUGACGUUGGCAACCUUACCCAAGAAAAUGCGCUUACGAACUUCGCGGCCGACCUUCUACGCGCCUUGACAGAGCGGGCCUUGGAGCCGCUGCCUGCCGGGUUCGUGGAGACCGUUAUGCCCAAGCUCAACAGACUGCUCUUGGACUCGACCGACGCUGAGCUGAUUCGCCCUGCCACCGAAGCGGUACGGCAUAUCCUUUCCCAUGACUUCAAUCAAUUCGUAGCCUGGCGCGAUCCCCAGAGCGGCAAGGAGGCGGUUGAGAUUGCGCUGAUCAUCAUCGAUCGGCUACUGAGUCCCUCGGUUGAUGACAAUGCUGCAACAGAAGUUGGACAGCUCGCUGCUGAGCUGGUAGAAAAGGCCGGUUCGGAGCGACUGGGACCGUAUCUCCCACAGCUUCUUCGGGCCGUGGCGCAGCGGCUUGCCACUGCCGAACAGGCACAGUUUAUUCAGAGUCUGAUCCUUGUGUUUGCCCGGCUCACUCUCAUCAACGCCCACGAGGUGGUUGAUUUCCUGGCGCAAGUCGACAUCAGUGGUCAGAGCGGCCUACCGAUUGUGUUGAGCAAGUGGUUGGAGAACUCGGUGAACUUUGCGGGCUAUGACGAAAUCAAGCAGAACAUCAUUGCUCUGGCCACACUGUACAACCUCGAGGAUCCCCGAUUGGCUCAGGUGCAGGUCAAGGGCGACCUCAUUAUCCAGGACACGGGACGCAUCAAGACUCGGUCGCAGACGCGCAACAACCCAGACCGCUAUACGACGGUGACAGCCCCGUUGAAGAUUAUCAAAGUCCUGGUUGAAGAACUGGCCGCAGCAUCGGGAAGCAAGGAGAUUGAUGCCGCAGCUGCAGCCGCCUUGGAGGAAGAGGACAGCGACGACGAUGGGGAGUGGGAGGACAUCCCUAGCGGCACGCUGGAUCUGAACCUGGGUAUCACCAAGCAAGAGCUCAUGGCGUUUGGCGAAGGAGGCAACGAGGGGGUGUUUGGCGUGCGCAAGCGGGACGACGAGACCCAGGCAUUCCUGCUGGACUUCUUCCGCAAUGCAUCCACCAAGCCCGAAUUCCAACAACUGUUUGCGGCGCUGACCCCGGAUGAGCAGGAGAAACUUCGGAGUGUCGGAUAA